ACCUCAAUCAAGACACAUAUUGCAACAUUUAAGAAAUAAUAGUCAUGGCUUUCAAAAAAUGCACUUCCAUAAUUUUAAUGCUUUCUCUUCUUUCUUACUCAACAUUCUCUGAUGCUAGUGGUUGUUCAUCUUCUCCAAACCCAACACCUUGUUCUACUCCUCCACCAUCACCAAGCCCAACACAUCCACCUUCUACUCCUCCACCAUCACCAAGCCCAACACAUCCGCCUUCUGCUACUCCACCUUCAUCCAAAGGGAAAUGCCCCAUUGACACCUUAAAGUUAGGGGUCUGUGCUAAUGUUUUAGGAUUAAUUAAUAUCGGAAGUCCUCUUUCGGGUAGUAAAUGUUGUGCUUUAAUCGAUGGGUUGGUUGACUUGGAAGCUGCGGUUUGUCUUUGUCUCGCACUUAAGGCAAAUGUGCUUGGAAUCAACUUAAACAUACCUCUCGACCUCAACUUGAUCAUUAGUGCUUGUCAAAAAACUCUUCCUCCUAAAUUUAAAUGUGCUUAAGGAUUUAAAAAAAACUAUGUGUCAUUGAUGAAUAAAUAUGUAUGGCUGUAUGCGUAUUAUAGUAGUUACUUCUAGUAUAAUAAUUGUGAACAUCGCAUUCUCUAACACUUUACAUUAUUAUUGGUUGAAAUUCACAUCUACAUCUGCUUUAGAAAUGUGACCAACAUGAAUUAAAUUCAUGUGAAUUUCAACCAAUAAUUUAAAAUGUUUUGCAAAGUGAAUAGAUUGAGUGCGUUGUUGUUAAGAUUAUUAUUAUUGUGUUUUGUCAAACUAAUAAUUGGCAAGUUUGUUUGCCUAAAUUAGUAUCUUCUAAUUUCAAUGAUAUAUUGUGAAAUAUUAUGGUUGUUUGAAAUAU